AUGAGUACGGGAGCCGCCGUAGCGGAUGUUGAGGCAAUGGAGGAACAGGUGGAGGAGGAGAAGGAGGAGGAGGAGGAGGGAGUAGAUGAUGAGGACGGUAGUGGUGGUUCGGGAGUGUGGUCAAAUUCAGUUUCUGGCGCGGACGAUGAGACAGCAUUUGGUGUAGUCAGGGUGCUGCAUUUCGCACGACGAUGUCCUACAAGGCUGCUUGGUGCUGGGAACAUUCGCUGGCGGCGUGGGCAGACCGGGGAUGGUUGA